AUGAUUCUCAAGCAGCAAUGGAAACUUAUUGGGGACUGUAAACUCAUUCCGUUAUGUAAAGGUUUUUUCACCAUCAAAUUAGAUAAUGAAACUGAUCGAAGUUAUAUAAAAGCUGGGCAAUGGGAGGUCAAUUAUCAAAUUCUCAGAGUUAGAAACUGGGUAUCAAACUUUCGUCCUGCAAAUGUCAGAAGUUCUAAAGCUCAAGUAUGGAUUCGAUUCCCAGGUUUAGGACUUGAGUUCUGGAAAGAAAAUUUUUUAUUUGAAAUCCGUAAGGAAAUUGGAACUCCAAUCAAGAUUGAUGUAGCUACUACAAAAUGUGAAAUUGGGUACUAUGCUAAUGUAUUGGUUGAGGUGGAUUUUGCUCAAUCAAUACCUAGCAAAAUCUGGAUUAAUACAAAAUAUGAAGGUUUCUUCCAGGAAGUAUUGAUUCAUGAUUGUCCAAAGUUUUGUACCACCUGCAAAAUAGUUGGUCACUUAAUUACUGAGUGUUAUGUGGAAAGGAAUAAAAAAAAAACUCAUGCUCCUUCUUUCAGAGUAGUUUCAUACAAAAACAAACCAGCUGAUGUUCCUUUUGACAUAUGUGAUCCAGCUGCCAGAGAGGAAGACUCACUAGUAAAUUCAAUUGAUACAACAACAAUUAUUAGUUCAUCAGCAGAAAUUGGUUCUCCUAAGACUGGCAAGUUUAAUUCUCUGGUAGAACAGUCAGAAGAAGAGUCAGUUAUUAUGGAAGUACCAAAUUUUUUGGAAGUAGCAGAACAGAAUUCAGUGCAGAACAGUGUUAUCAAAUUUGUUAAUGGAAGUAAUGGAGAGGUGACAGAAGAAGCUAUUCCAGUUACAUCUUGGGCAAAAACAGUAGAAAAAGAAAUGGUAAUUGAUAAUGCAUCAGGAAAGAAUAAUUCAGCAAGUACUUCUAUUGCCAAAACUCCAGAGCAGCCAAAGAAAGUAGGUGGUAGAGCUCCUAAUAAAACCGCUUUAUUGGAUUUCACAAAUUGCUUGAAUAAUUGUGAGCUUAUACAAGCUCCUAAGACAGGUUUGGAAUUCUCUUGGUCUAAUUGUAAGCAUGGAAAAAAGAGAAUUUUGUGUAAUCUAGAUAGAGUGGUGUUUAAUCAGAAAUGGGUCCAAAUUUAUGGUGAUUGGGGAUAUAAAGUAGGAUUAAGAAUGGUCUCAGAUCAUGCUUCUUUGUUAGGGGGUUGUGUAAGCAUUCCAAAACCAAAAAUUGCACCUAAAAAGUUUCAAAAAAUGUGGAUACAGCAUCCGGAGUUCCUUCAAGUAGUUAAAGACAGUUGGAUGAAUGAAGUUCAGGGUGAUCCAGCUUUUGUAUUCAUAAGGAAAAUGAAGAAUCUUAAACAAACAUUAAAUGACUGGAACUGGAAUGUAUUUGGAAAUGUUAAUGUCAAGAUACAAGAAGCUGAAGCUAAAGUUAAAACUGCAAUGCAAAAUUCAAAUGAUGACCCUUGUGAUGAAGAUGCUCUAAAAUCACUAGUGGAAGAUCAAAAUGAAUUAUCAAGCAGAGAAGUUCAACAUAAUACUUUAUUGAGGAAGAAAUCAAGGAUUAAAUGGGUCAAGGAAGGUUCAGCCAAUACAAACUUCUUUCACAUUAAUAUGAAGAUAAGAUUUCAGUUCAAGGAAGUGAACAUAGUGGAGAAACUACUUGUUGUAAUUCCUCAGUUAAUAACUGCUGAAGAUCAACAUAUGCUUGACUCUACUCCUACAGCUGAAGAAAUAAAAGAAACAACUUUUUCAAUAGAUUCAGACAACUCACCUGGUCCAGAUGGCUACUCUGGAAUCUUUUAUAAAAAUUGUUGGGAUAUCAUCCAAAAUGAUUUUGUGGCUGCAAUUCAAUUUUGCUGGAACAGAAAAUUUAUACCAAAGGGUUUGAACUCCAGUUUUCUUGUUCUUCUGCCAAAAUGUCAAGGUGCAAAAACUGCUGCUCAAUUCAGGCCCAUUGGGUUAAGCAAUGCGUAUGAUGCAGUCAGCUGGGAGUUCCUUGUUAAAGUGUUACUUAAAUAUGGCUUUCCUUCUUCUUGGUGUCGAUGGAUACUAACUAUUCUCAAUUCUUCAAGAAUUUCUGUAAUGGUAAAUGGUGGACCAUAUGGAUUUUUUACAGUUGGAAGGGGCUUAAGGAAAGGUGAUCCAUUAUCACCUUUAUUAUUCAUUCUAAUGGAAGAUGUGCUGAGCAGAAAUAUUUCACAGUUGGUUCAUGAAGAAAAAAUCAUUCCUAUGGUAGUCAAAAAAGGUAUUCAUCCAACCCACCUAUUCUUUGCUGAUGAUGUAUUUAUAUGUUUGAAUGGAGCUAAAAAAGAGUCUGCAAAAUCUUAUGGAACUGCUUUAUCAAUACCAAUCUAG